GCAGAAAAGAAGAAUUUUCAGCUUCAGCUUAAUCCAAUUUCUGAGAAAUUUCUCCACAUUAAUAAAGCUUCCUUCAUUCUCUUCCAUGGCGGCUUCCAGUUCUCUCUCUUCAUACCUUUAAAUUUCCCACUCUAUGGUCCACGUCCUUUCCCUAGCUUAAUUCCGCUUCUUCGACUUUUUCCUUCUCUUUCCCAUUUGAAAACCGCGUUUUCCCCACCCUCCGUCCGCCAUUUAUACUGAUUCAGAACCUUGCAACUGCGAGGAGACGGGAGUAAUGGUACCUUAUGGAACUCGGACCAUGCUUUUCAGGCUGCUCGUUUUGUCUGCCAUCGCUGCCGUAUCAACAGCCCAGCCGCCGCCGCGGUUCAACUGCAGCUCGGCCUUGAAAUGCCGCUCUCUGAUCGACUACACGCCGCCAAACGCCACCACCAUCGCCGCCGUGCAGAGUCUCUUCGAAGUCAAGCACCUCCUCUCCUUCCUCGGCGCCAACAACCUUCCUAACGAUACCUCGCCGAGCUCGCCCCUACCGGCGUCUCAGAAGAUCAAGAUUCCGUUUCGCUGUAAAUGCGGCAACGGCACCGGUCUCUCGGAUAAGCAUCCAAUUUACAAAGUCCGGAGCGGCGAUUCGCUCGACAAAAUCGCGGAAAUCACUUUCUCGAGACUGGUCACUUUCCAUCAAAUCGCGGACGCCAAUGGAAUUCCGGAUCCGAGUAAAAUUACGGUAGGGCAAGAGCUGUGGAUCCCCCUGCCGUGUAGCUGCGAUGAAGUAGAUGGGAACACAGUCGUCCAUUACGGACAUUUGGUUCAACCACAGAGCUCGGUAUCUGCCAUUGCCGGAAGGUAUAACGUAUCGGAGCAAACAAUUUUGAACCUGAACGGAAUUGCGGACGCGAAAGACCUUCAAGCUUUUCAAGUUCUCGAUAUUCCCCUUCAAGCUUGUUCAUCUGUGAUCAGGGAAGACUCUUUAGACUUCCCGUUCCUCCUCUCGAACGACACGUACGAUUACACUGCAAACAACUGCGUGAUGUGCAAGUGCGAUGCUGUGAAAAGCUGGACUCUUGAAUGUAAGCCAUCACAGCUGAAGGCACCCUCACAGAAGUUAUCUAAUUGGUCAUCAUGCCCAGCCAUGGAAUGUGAAGGUGGCAGUUUGGUCCUUGGUAACUCAACAUCCUCUGGUUGCAACACCAAUACAUGUGCCUAUGCUGGUUUCUCUAGCCAAACCAUCUUCACAAAUAUUUCCACUCUCAACACUUGCCCUGGACCUUCUCCUGAUGAUAAUCCAAACAGUGCUUCAAGGACGGUUUCGCAGAGUUUGUCCUACCUUGUCGCCUGUAUUCAUCUACUGGCUUAUGGUCUUCUCCUCAUUCAUAAACAAGUAUAAUUUUCUUCUCCCAUGUCAUUAUAGAGAUAUAAUCACAAUGUACGUAGGUUCUCAAUGUUCUCUAUUUAUCACGAAAUGGCUAUCUUUUAGUUUUUUCUUUCUUUAUUAGCAUUGAUUAACCAUGUCUUGAAGUCGAAAUAAAUCUCGUCACGCCGGGAAAAUGUGGGAAUGGGUGAACUGGACUAGAAAAGAAGGUUAGCGUGGCUGUGAAUUUGAUUUUCAUCUGUAAUGUCUUGAACAGUUGAAGUUAGUUGAUGAGCGUAUUGUGUCGUGGGAUCAGAUUGUUGCAGGAAUAAGAAUGAGGCUUUUUCCUUA